AUUGGGGCACAAGUACCAGUUUAAGAACACAACAGAAAAUUUCAAUUGUUCUUACGAAGUGGUGCCCCGAACAAACUUGCUUCUCAAAAACUAUUCCAGCAGAUCUUUCCCAUUCUGAUCAACAUGGAGAACUCAGAUUCCAACAGCAAAGGAAGUGCCGAUCAAUCUGAAGCUCAGCGUCGGAGUCAGCUGGAUCGACUAGACCGGGAAGAAGCCUUCUAUCACUUCGUAAAUAAUCUGAGUGAAGAAGACUACAGGCUAAUGAGGGAUAACAACCUGCUGGGUACCCCAGGUGAGAUCACUGAAGAAGAGUUGCUGAGGAGGUUGCAGCACAUUAAAGAGGGUCCACCGCAGCAAAGCAGUGAAGACAGUAGAGCAGGUGCAGAGUCCACAGAAGAUGUGUCCAAUGGCGAUUCCAUAAUAGAUUGGCUUAAUUCAGUUCGACAGACCGGGAAUACAACGCGCAGCGGGCAGAGAGGAAACCAGUCUUGGAGGGCAGUGAGCCGGACUAACCCAAAUAGUGGGGACUUCAGGUUCAGUUUGGAAAUAAAUGUCAAUCGUAACAAUGGGAACCCAAACCCCGAAACAGAGGGUGAGCCACCCGUGGAACCAUCCAGCGGGGAGGACUUGGAAAAUAACCAAAGUGACCCUGAGACUCCGCGGUCUGACUCUCCUCCUCCUCCUCCUCCUGUUCCUCCUCCUCCUCCUCCUGUAAGGCCGUCUGGGUCCGAGAUGCAUGCCCCUGAAGAGCUGACUGAAGAAGCUUCUCCUCACAGGGGCCAGAGGAGGUCAAGAAGCAGAAGUCCAGAGCAGCGGAGGACUCGGGCCAGGACUGACCGAAGUCGAUCCCCUCUGAAUCCACUGAGUGAGUCUCCUCCUCCUCCUCCUCCUCCUCCUCCUCCUCCUCCUCCUCGUAGGGCGCAUCAUAAUACCUCAUCUCAGGUGCCCGACACCCCCCCAGCCGUGGAAGCUGAAGGAAGUUCUAGAACAAGGCAGCACCUGGUGAUAAGGCAGCACGUGGCCCCUGCGGAGGUGGUGCCCAGUGAAAAUGCCGUGCUGCUCUCGGCCCCGGAAGCCAGGCCUGCUCCUCAGGCGACGGGCUCGGCAGAUACAAACGGCAGUGUGGAGGCGGCGGCCCCGGGGCAGAGGCCCCCGACUAUCGUUCUCGACCUACAAGUGAGACGAGUCCGGCCGGGAGAAUACAGGCAGAGAGACAGUAUAGCCAACCGAACUCGAUCCAGGUCCCAGACCCCAAACAAUACCGUUACUUACGAAAGUGAGCGUGGAGGGUUUAGGCGCACGUUUUCACGCUCCGAAAGGGCCGGGGUGAGAACUUAUGUCAGUACCAUUCGGAUCCCCAUUCGCAGAAUCUUGAACACCGGCUUGAGUGAAACGACAUCUGUGGCCAUUCAGACCAUGCUGAGGCAGAUAAUGACUGGCUUUGGGGAGCUGAGUUACUUCAUGUACAGCGACAGUGAUGCCGAUCCUGGUGGUCCAGCCCCCAAUCCGAAUGUCGACAUGGCAGAGCCACCGAGUGGCAAUAGCAGCUCCAGUAAUGAAGUGCCUGAUCCUGGCUCGGGGGAGGCCUACGACAGUAGCAACGAAGGGGGCUCUGUGGCUGGUGCUCGGCGGGAAGGCCGGAAUGCGAGGGGAUCGGUGACUUUUGAAGAGAGCGGGUCUCUGCCGUUUCUUAGCCUGGCACAGUUUUUUCUGCUCAAUGAAGAGGACGAUGACCAACCGAGAGGCCUCACCAAAGAGCAAAUUGACAACCUAGCCAUGAGGAAUUUUGGUGAAAGUGACGCUCUGAAAACCUGUAGCGUUUGCAUCACAGAGUACACCGAGGGGAACAAGCUGAGGAAGCUUCCUUGUUCUCACGAGUACCACGUGCACUGCAUCGAUCGCUGGCUGUCAGAGAACUCCACCUGCCCGAUCUGUCGUAGAGCCGUUUUGGCUUCCACUAACCGAGAGAGCGUGGUCUGAGCAAGGCUGGGAACUUUCAGCUGAGUACCAGGUGAGGUCCUGUCAGGCACGGAAGCCACUUCCUAUGGCCACUUUUUGUGUGGUGGUUAUAUGUGUAAAAGCAAAGAUCUUCUGUAAUGAAAUGGAAUUGGAAAAAAAAGAGUUAAUGGAACCUUCUUGAUUAGGGUCCCCCAAAUAAUACUAGGUUUGUGUUAAUUAAAAGACCUGCAUUUGUCCAAAGACGCCUCUCUCUCGUACCUUCUCGGUUUUUUCAGUGCAAACAAGGUCCACAUCUAUCUUCUUUACCCCCACUGUGUAGUGAACAUUGAAGACCUCGC